AUGGGGAGCUUCGUCUUUCAAUGGCCGUACAGUGCGAACGAGGUGUUCGUCACUGGCACCUUCGAUGAUUGGGGGAAGACGGUGCGGCUGGAAAAAAAGGGCGACGUGUUUGAGAAGGAGGUUCAGCUGCCCAGCGCGGACGAGAAGGUUUACUACAAGUUCGUCGUUGACGGCGAGUGGAUCACUGACAGCAACGCUCGAGAAGAGAACGACGGAAGCAACAAUAUUAACAACGUCCUCUUGCCCGAAGAAAUCAAAAAGGCAUCCCAGCCAGACACCUUGGAAACGUUGACCGGAGGGAAUCCCGCUGCUGCAGUCAUGGCUGGCGUCACUCCCGAUUCCACUACAGCUGCGUUGGUUGCCGACGUCCCCAAAGCAUCCGAGAGCCAGAAAGCCACUACCUCCUCAGCAGCUCCUGAAUCAUCUGAGACGAAGCUGGCCAAAGAUGCGCCUCUCGAGAGCAACGGUGCAGUCCCAGGCACCUUUCCAGAAACGCCGGCGAAGGAAACCGAGCAGUUGUCGGUAAACCCGACCGCUGCGUCGAGCGGGUUGGGUAAGCCGGAGGAGCCGAAGCCGGGAGAAUCUGCGCCAGACUCGAGCACUUGCGACCCAAAAACGGUCGAGUCUGCCAAUACCACGGACAAGGAGGGCUACGAGAAGAAUGCUAUCUAUCCCGAGGUUCCGGGCUUAGGACCUGAGGCUUCCAAGCCUGUCCAGGCUUUUGCGGUUCCUCCUGUGGAUGAAACCCUGAUUCCCGAAUCCAGCCUGCCUCUGAAUCCAGCGGUCUGCGACACGAACGACCCUGUAACCAUCCAGUCGGCUGCUCCAGAAGCUACCACCGCCGUUCUCGCAGCCCAAGUGCUUAAGGAGUCCGAGAAGAAGAAAACUAACGGUGACGCACCAGCGGAUGAGGUGCCCGACGUGGUGAAGCAGUCCAUCUCCGAGGCUCGCAAAGAUCCUGAGGCGGCGGCGAAUGAAAAAGCAGUGGAGGAGAAAAAGACGGUGGAAGAAGAGCUUCAGAAGAAGGUAGUGCCGGAGGAAGAGGCUCCCCCGACGGCCAGUGAGGUUCCCGGUGUGGUCAAGGAGUCUCUGAAAAAAGCACGCGAGGAGCCUGAAGCGGCAGCCAACAGCGAGGCUGUCGAGGAGAAGAAAGAGGUUGAGGAUCAACUGCAGAACACGGUUCCCAUUACGGAAUCGGCUGGCGAGCCGGCCCCAACGACGACUGCCGAGACCACAUUGACAGCGCCCGCUGCGACGAACGAGUCGGCCGAGGUGUCUCCCACGACGACGCCGGCGCCACCUUCUGAGCCGAUUGUGACGUCGGGGAUUAGGGAGGCCAAGACGGAGGAGGUUUCGACGCCAGAGAAUCAGCAGGCAUCUGCCCCGGCGGAUUCGACAACCCCGGACACGAAGGACAAGAAGAAGAAGAGUCGCACCAGCGGGUUCUUCAACAAACUGAAGGAGAUUUUCCGAUAG